AUGGAAGCUCUUUUAUUACCAGGUGAAUAUAUCGUUCAGGAGUUCGGUACAGUCACCUUUGAUAUGGGAGGAAAGAAAGAUAAAGGGCCUCUCUAUGUUACUAACGGAAGACUUCUAAUUUAUGAUAAAAGUUCGAACUCAUUUCCUGUUGAUUACGAUCCCACAUUAUUGAAGGAUACAAAAGCACAGCAAAAGGUUAGUAAAGACAAUCCUACAACAGAUGCAAGUAAUUCCGUCAGCAGACUCGUUAAUACAACAAAUAAUAAACCUUUAAUUCUUAUUACUUUCCAUGGAAAAGAAUGUAACAAUGAUCAAUCUAAUUUUAACAAAGCAUACUUAACUCUUAAAGAAUCAAAACCAAUUCCUAAAGUUUCAAAAGACCAAGUUGACAAUACUCCCUUAGAAUUAAGGAUUUUUAACGAAUUAUGUGUAAAUAACAAAACAUUAGCAAGUAUACUUAACACGAAGGAUGAUCUUUCGAAUCAAUUCUUUACAGAUAACUUUAAUAACUUUGAAUCAGAAAUUAUUAGUAUAUUUGCAAAACAUCGCUCCCAAAUCAUUGGCUAUUCAAGUAAAGAUCAAUGGCAACUCUCCCAAAAAGCAGAUACUACUUCAGGAGCUAAUAUAAGUAAAUAUUCUUUAGAUGAACAAACAAUCAGACAAAUCUUCCGUCGCCAUCCGAAAUUCCACGAGGAGUACAAAAAACUUUCAACACCUGAAGAACAAGAAAAAUUCUUUAGUGAAAAAUUUAUCGACCACAUAAGGAAAUACAACGAUAUUACACAGCUUACCAACAUCGAGGACAUCGAUAUUGAACAUUUCAAUCCUCAGGAUACCCAAUAUCGCUUCAAACAACUAGAAAUCUGUUGUAAUAUCGAAAAAUUAGGAGACACAUAUACAUAUUCGGGAAUUUUCGAUAAAGAUACUAUGAAACCACCAGAAACAAUCACUUUGACCGAUGUUUCUACCCAUACAGAGCUUGUUUUGAUAGAAUUAGGCGUAAUUCCUGAUACAUCCAAAAACAAGACAGAUAUUAAUAAAUACAAGAAUAUGCCAAUUGAGAGGAUUGACUCUUUGGCCGCAGAUCUCUCAGUUCCAGAAGAAAUUAAAUAUACUCCAUUUUGUGUUGACAAAAGUAAGCUUUUCCAACAAUCUUAUACAGCACCAUCACAAGAAGAAUGGACCUCAUCUAUAGAUGCCUUCAAUUCUGAACUCCACCAAGCUCAUCAAUCAUUUACUGAUGCAAAGUGCAAUUUCAACCAGUUUAGAACUGUUCUUAUUGAAAUGACAAUUAAGUCACAGCUACUGAAUGACUACGACAUCUCCGCUUUGACUGAAGAACAGAUUUCUCUGAUUGAAAAGUUCGCUGAGUUCUAUUCCGAACUGGAAAUAUACGCAUUCACUUAUUGGAAGGCCAUUGAUAAAAAGGCUGCACAAAUUCAGACACAAAUUAGAGAAAAAGUUCAAAAUCUGAAAGAUAGAGUGCAGAGAUUCGUCAGAACAUCGGAUGAGAAGAUGCUGCUCAACUCUUUGUUUGAUAACAUGAACAGUAUCAUUGAUCCAAUCUUGGGAGGUAAAACUUUCGCUCAAUUACCUCAAAAUACUAACGCUACUGGAUUCAGCUUCAUGAGCUUUUAA